AUGUCGAACAAAACUCCUGCCUACAUCCUCUCCGUGACCGCUGGCCCUACCUACAACUCCUCAACCCACAACCCAGUCACUGUCAAUUCUCCCGUCCCCCACCUCAUCGAAACAGAGCACGCAACCAUUGAUCUCCGCGUCCGCAUCCAAGACUUCACAGGUCUUCCCCGCACAUCUCCCCGCACAUCCCCCUACUUCUCGCAUCCAAUCCAUAGAAACGACCAAUACUCCAUCGCCAUCUCACUAGUCCCCAAACACGCUGUGGGCGGCACAGAUCUGGUUUUCGGCAACGAUUUUGACCACCCCAUCCGCCAUAACCUGCCGCCAGGCACGAACAAAGCGCUGAAGAUUGUCAAGUGGACCAUCGACCCAGGAUUGGAGGGUGAUGCGUAUACGGAUCGGCCGUAUUUGUAUGGGCCAGCGUUAUCGAGUUGGAAUUUCCUGAGGGUUUGUGAUGUUGUUGAGGGAGGCCGGAAUUGGAAGGUGGAAGAAGAGGUUAUUCAAGAAGGCGGAGAGGGUGGUGGUGAGGAGGUGAGGAGGAAGUUGGAUAUUCCUGAUGAUGCGGUGAGGAGGAGAAAGUUUUUCCUGGAUAAGGCGAAUCGUGAGCGAUUUGUGUUUGAGGAAGGGAGGUUGUAUAAGGCAGAUUUUGGGAAUGGGUAUUUGGGGUUUAAUGGCGAGUUUCAUGAAAUAUGA